GGGGAGGCUUUGGAAGCGACGGCGCCGACGAGCGAGGAGGCGCAGGUUAUGUCGCCUGCGAGUGGGGUGCAGGGGCUGGGGCUGGUUAAUCUCGGUGUCGAAGCCGAAUCAGAAGAGAAAGAUGCGAAUGAGGGGGAUGGGGAUGAGGUGUUUGUCGUUGGAGACGAGGAUGAGAAGGAAGGGGGUGUGGAGGAGGUGGAGGAGGUCCAAGUUGACGAGAAGGGGAUGCAGUCGAUGGAGUCGUUGGAUGGACAUGGGACUGGAAAUGGGAUGGUGUAGUGUGUCUUUUUUUCUUCGAGUUGUUUUGCAUAUGUUAUGCUCUGCUAAGUUUGCCUUUCUGAUUUGCAUAUUUG